AUGAAAAUCCAAGUUAAAAAGAAAGAUAGGGGAUCGGUUACUAUUCCGUGCAUUAUUGGUGAUAGAAAAUUCAAGAAGGCUCUGAUUAACUUAGGAGCAAGUGUGAGCUUGAUGCCACUAUCCAUCUACAAGAAAUUAGGCAUCAGCACCAUUCAAGAUACUCGGAUGACACUUCAGUUUGUUGAUCGCUCUAUUAGGCGACCAUAUGGGAUUGUGAAAGACGUUCUGGUAAAGAUUGACAAGUUUGUUUUCCCAGUUGACUUCGUCAUUCUGGAAAUACCCGAAGAUGAGGAGAUUCCUCUCAUAUUAAGCAGACCAUUGUUAGAGGCGGGACGAUGUAUGAUAGACAUAGAGGAAGGAACAAUGAUCCUCAAAGUCUAUGAUGAAGAGCUAAAGAGUGAUGUGCGGAACACGAUAUAA